UACUUGCGAGACGUACAGUUAAAAACCAUUUUAGUUUCAUGUUAACGUUGGCAGUUGAAUUUUCAUGGGAACUGCACAGUACAUAAUUAUUUAGUUAUCGCGUUGGGUGUGGCUUCUCAUCGUCAGUCUUAUUUAUUUCGAGCUUGUGAACGGUCUUUCUUACUAGUAUUCGAUUUUAUAUACAUCGCGUUGUCUUUUUUUUUUUUUUGCUGUGCGUGAAAAUACUUGUGAUUGAAUAAUGUUGUUUGCCAAACCAACCCGUAAACGUCGUCGGGGUAAAAAUAUCGCCCAACAAGCAGAUAAUAAGGAACCAUGUAAAGAAGCUGAAGGUACAAUGUUCCACGAAUGGAUCUCCUACUUGGAAGAAACCAGUUCAAUCGAACCAGAUGUAACAGUUCAUGUAGAAAACGAACCCUAUUAUCUGCAUUCGAACGUGUUGACUUUCUGGUCAGAAUAUUUUAGUGAGGUGAUACAAGACAGCUCUUCAGAUACUCUGACAGUGACAUGUCCUAGUUUGAGCAAAACUGGAUUCGAUAUGGUUUUAGGAUUCAUGUACCACCGGAAAUUGUUUCUCAACGAUGAUAAUAUUGGAAACGUCCUGGCAGCUGCCAAUAAUCUGAAAAUUAUUAGCAUUGUUAAAUGUUGCCGCAAUUAUAUAGUUGCCAAUUUAAGAAAACUUGAUCGACGAAUUGCAGAUAUCGUUGAAUUCCUGUGUUCACCCAAAAAUCAGUAUUCUUGUAAUAUAAUCAUGCCUCAGCUGAUCAAGAGGUGGGAUGUAUUCCAGUCCAACGAAGUACUGAGACGAAUUCCUUUUGAGUUCUUUGAAACCAUGAUCACCAGUAACAAGAUACCCGGGUACAAAGAUAAGGAUUUGAUGGGUAUCUGCAGCAGAUGGAUCAGCGUUGAUUUCAGUCAUCGAUAUUGGUACAUGUUCGAUUUGAUUGAAUCCAUUGCUGGGAAAUCGAAUUUUCACUGGAAGUUCGACCUUAAUCGUUUUCCACCAAAGGAUGUUGAUGAAGUGGGGCGUAUUUUCGAUGAACUGUUACAUACCUGUAUUGAAGAUGAGAAGAUCGACUUUGUGAAUUAUUUCGGAUUGGUGAUCAAAAAAGCACAAAAUCAAGCCUACAAUGAAGUGGCAAACGAUAAUAAUAUACCAAUGAAGAAGUUACCUUUACAAUUCUACUUUCAAGAAUGGCGCUACCAAAUGAACGCUCUGCGGAACCGUACCAGCGGUUGUGAUAUCAUCGUACGAGUAAAUCCGAACAAUCAAUACAUGCUUGAUUAUUGGAUACUUUGCCUAACCUCCGAAUACUUCAGAAAAUUCGACAUAAAUUCUUUAGGCGUCGUGCACUUGGACUUGACAAAUCAAGAGUUCACUUCAGUUCUCAAUUUCAUGUAUGGCAACAUACUGCACAUCACCCCGAACAAUAUCUACGAUAUAAUUCGCGCCAGUCGUUACCUCAGCAUGAUCUCGUGUAAGAAACUGAUCAUAAAAUUCAUUCGAGAAAAUUACACCUCGUUGGAUAUGCUGGAACUAUUCAACGUUUCUUCCGAAGAUCCUGAUAUCAUAUUUGAUGCGAUGAAACGUCGAAUGACCAGAAAUACCACAAAACCACGUAUCUUGAAGAGAAAAUAUCCAGAAAUGAUUACGAGGGAUUGUUACGAUUUAUCAAAGUAUACAAAACCGUUCGUUAUUAGAGUUCCUCGUAUUGAUUUAACUGCCGAAGUUGCGAAAAUCAAAGUUGCUCAGAAAGUGGUGCAGUAUGGAAGACCAUUCUGUAUCAAAGUGCCACGUUUGGGAACGGAUUUCUCAAGUUGUUAAUUAAUUUUGUUAUAUAUUUUUUAAUAUGCUAAAACCAGUGU